CACUGAUAGGCGGCACUGACUGGCACUGAUAGGUGACACUGAAAGGCAGCUCAGAUGGGCACUGAUAUGUGGCAUUGAUGUGCACUGGUAGGCACUGAUAUGUGGCAUUAUUGUGGCACUGAUGGGCACUGGCAGGUGGCAUUGAUGAGCACUGAUAGCUGGCAUUGAUGGACACUGACAGGUGGCACUGCUGGGGCUACACUGAUCAUCAGGGCACACUGAUCAUCAGUGUCCUGAUGAUCACUGUCAGCGUGACAGCUCAUGAGGAGAGAAAUGCCGAUAACUGGCAUUUCCCUAUUUACAUGCAAUCAGCUGUGAUUGGA